ACCACGGCAGCCAUGGAAACUGACAGCUGCCUGAAUAAAUCUUUAUGGUAAGUUUUUGUUUAGAAGCUAACUAGUCGACGGGAUAAGGUAAACUAGCUACAUGCACUUUAACACUCAUGUUAUUAGCUAGCACCUCCCUACAAUAACGAUUAUACGGGUUUUCUAGUUGUAUACUCGCAUGGUAGGCGAUUUAGCUAGCUGGCAAACUAUUGCUAGUUAGCUUACCAGUUACAAGCUCCACCAUGUUCCACGGGGAACGGGCUCCUCUUUCAACCAGUGGAGACGGUCUAGUCCCCGUUAACCGCACGAGGUCAUACGGCAGUCUUGUACAAUCCAACCUUUCUCCGGUACGACAGAGACGAAUUGAACACCUAGUUCAACCAGGAGAGACGCUGCAAGGACUCGCGUUGAAAUAUGGAGUAUCCAUGGAACAAAUCAAAAGAGCAAAUAGACUGUACACGAAUGACUCGAUAUUCAUAAAGAAGUCUCUUUCUAUCCCUGUGCUGUCCGACUACAACAGUGAUGCUAAUAGUGGGGUAGAUGUGACUGAGGAGGACUCAGGCCAGGUACAGGACAGUACAAGUAAAGAAGGCUCUACUCAAAAUGGGAAGCCAGUGAACAACUCUGAAAAGACACAAGAAGGCAUAUCAGAACUUUCUCCAAUGAAUUUCUUAAAAAGGAUGGAUCGUAUGAUCAGCCAGUCCAAGCAAGCUGUGAAAAGAUGCCAAGAGGAAGAAAAACGAUUGACAUCUUUGGAAGCUUGUACCACCAGCAAGACAACAGACCAUCGAUUUACAAGGUCAAACAGUGCCACGGUCGUCACCUCUCCCAGAAUGCAUCAGCAAGCCAUACUUGGUGCAUUGCCCCUCACCAUCACCAAAUGCACCAAGAAACUGAGAGAAAGAGAGGAUGAGAUCUUUGAGUUGUGAUUUCAUUUCCUUUGUCAGGCAGAUCAUGGGACACAUGUACUAAUGCAUAAAUCAAAGGGAUUGGCCGCCAAGCUAAUCUGGCAAUACAGAUUUAGGAGAGUUCUUAUUUUCACUAACGAGUAACCUGCUGCUCUAUGGACUUGGUACUUGAAAGUUGGUCGUUAGCACUGUUGAUAUAAUUGUUUUGCUGGGAGGAUAAGUUUCAUUUUGACAAUACACUACUGGUCAAAAGUUUUAGAACACCUACUCAUUCAAUGGUUUUCUUUAUUUUUACUAUUUUCUCCAUUUGUAGUGAAGACAUCAAAAUUAUGAAAUAAAACAUAUGGAAUCAUGUAGUAAACAAAUCAAAAUAUGAUAUAUUUUAGGUUCUUCAAAGUAGCCACCCUUUGCCUUGAUGACAGCUCUGCACACUCUUGGCAUUCUCUCAACCAGCAUCAUGAGGAAUGCUUUUCCAACAAUCUUGAAGGAGUUCCCACAUACGCUGAGCACUUGUUUGCUGCUUUUCCUUCACUCUGCAGUCCGACUCAUCCCAAUUUAUGGUUUUUGCGACUGCACUUGAAGUAACUUUCAAAGUUCUUGAAAUGUUCCGUAUUGACUGACCUUCAUGUCUUACAGUAAUGACGGACUGUCGUUUCUCUUUGCUAUUUGAACUGUUCUUGCCAUAAUAUAGACUUGGUAUUUUACCAAAUAGGGCUAUCUUCUGUAUACCACCCCUACCUUGUCACAACACAACUGAUUGGCUCACACGCAUUAAGAAGGAAAGAAAUUCCACAAAUUAACUUUUAGGAAGGCACACCUGUUAAUUGAAAUGCAUUCUAGGUGACUACCUCAUGACGCUGGUUAAGGGAAUGCCAAGAGUGUGCAAAGCUGUCAUCAAGGCGAAGGGUGGCUAUUUGAAGAAUUUCAAAUAUAAAAUAUAUUUUGAUUUCUUUAACCAUUUUUUUAAUUACUAAAUUAUAUGUUAUUUCAUAGUUUUGAUGUCUUCACUACAAGGUAGAAAAUAGUCAAAGUAAAGAAAAACCCUUGAAUGAGUAGGUGUUCUUAUACACUACCGGUCAAAAGUUUUAGAAGACUUCUUAUUAAACAAUUAACUAUUUACAAGUUAUUUCAAGAUGUAGUACAUUGAUUACGUAUUAUAUAUUAGCCAUGUCCAGAACAGCACUGUCUGGUUGUCCGUUUACUACACAAGACGAGAGUCAGAAUGUGGCACUUUGGAGUUGUGUUUGUAUGUUAGUGUGAUCUUGUAACUCUCCAAGUUAUGUUUGGCCACAGGCGCUAGAUCAUGUAAGUUAUGCUACCUCAUAGUGUCUUAUGCAAUGUCAGAAAUGUGAAAAAUAUGCAAGUCUUGGAGAACAAUAGAAGUUGACUCUAAAAAAUAUAUUUAUUAUUGAAACCAAUGUGAGUUGGUAUAGCCUAGUCUUCAUUGGGUGUUUGUUACAAUUACGCAAUGGUGUACAUAUUUAUUUUUAGAAGAAUACUGAGCAUUGCACUUUCUUCUUCUAAUCUUGGCACUAGGUUGUAGGCAGUGGUAAGGUUGUAUGUAUUGUAUUGUUAACACUGAAUUAGCCAUACUCAAUUAAAGUGUGAAACUUGUUGGA